AUGGCUUCGGCCCAACCCAUCGCUUUCCAGUCUAGCGACCACGAAGAUGUCGCUAUGGGCUCAAGCUCCUUCGCCGGUCACAAUGGCUCUCUGACCUCUGCCUCGUACAGUCGACGCGCUCUGAUCGCUGGCUCGCCAGCCUCAUUCCGAGUGGGCUCUUUCACCAGCCACUACUUUGCCGGCAUGUCCCCUGGCCAAUUACUCGGGCCACUCGACCCAAACGAAUUUAAAUUUGGCAAGAUGUCUUCAUCGAUAGAGAGCGAUCGUGGGUCCAUCGUGAACGCGCUUAACAUGUUUGAACGCCAGGAGGAGCUGUGUCGCGACUAUACGUGCUGCGGCUUGCACCUCACGGAUUUGCAUGCCCUCGUCGACCACUUUGAGGAAAAUCAUGUCGUCGUUCUGGACCCUUACGCGCCCCAAGCGUCUCUCCAGAGCACACCACUCGCAGGACCAUCAGCCCAGCAAGUGUCUUACUUUCCUGAGCACAGUACUGUUCCCGUAGCGCCUACUUACCCCCAAGGUCCCUUUGAUCCUGACGACAUGGAACUUGACAUGGACCAUACGAGCGCUCCGUCAUCGGGGGCUUCUUCGCCUCCUGAUACGCCAGUCUCGACGCCUCUCUCGUCCUAUCCUUCUGCCUUUGUAUAUCCUGGCUCACACCCUUCAUCAACGUGUCCGUCGCCUCGCUCUACACCCAUCUCUGCGUUCGACACUACCGCUGUCCUUCCAUCACGAUCAGGACAUUCCCCGCUCUCAGUUGGUUUUCCCCCUGCUUCCCGUUCGACUAUGGGCGGCCGCGCGGAAGAGGCGUUUAACGCGUAUGCGGGUUAUUCCGAUUACUCAUCGCUACUUCCCGGUACAGUUCCGUCGCCCACGUCUACUACGAGUCCAGAUGGUUCGGCCGUUACCGAUCCGAAUGGUCAGUAUACGGCAAGGUCUAGCUGCGUGACUCCUGCGCUAUUGCUCAAUAGUAGCGCGAGCAACACGCCAGAAGGCACGCCUGCGUCGUCCCGUGUCGCUUCACCCGUUCCUGUUUCUUCCCUACGCGCCGUCGCCGCUGCCCCUGCAUCAACGUCUGUCUCCCCCGCAACCGCCGCUGGCCAGACCGCUCGGGCUAGUACGACAUUGUCUCGCCCAGCAUCUUCAUUACUCUUGUCGAAGCCUUUCCGGUGUCCGAAGCCUAAUUGCAACAAAUCAUACAAGCAGGCCAAUGGUCUCAAGUACCAUAUUCAGCAUGGCUCUUGCAAUUUUGCGCCACCAAAGGACCUUGAGCAAAUCCAGGCGCUGUUGGAGUCAAAGCGGAGUCAGAAGGACAACAAUGAGCCUAUGAGCGAGUCAGAGCUCCGCGAAGUCGAGCGGGAAGCGGAGCGGAGAUUAAGACCUUAUGCAUGCGGUGUCGGUGACUGUCAGAGGCGCUACAAGAACAUGAAUGGACUGCGGUACCAUUAUCAGCACUCGGGAGACCAUGGCGCCAUUGGACUGGCGCUACUUGCGAGUGGGCAGCACGAAUGCCUCCAGAACUCCAAGUCUCACUCUAGACAUUCCACUCCUUCGACCGCCGUCAAUUCUGCCGUAUCGACUACGACGUCUUCCCCUCUUGCUUCCCCACCUGUAUCGCGACCCCAAACAUCGACGAGCAAUUACGCCGCGUCCGCACUCCCACCGUCGUAUCAGUCUGUGGCUAUGGUCCCUCCCCCGUAUCGUGUACACCCCGACCAGCAGCAGUACAGCACCAUGAACGGCGUGACAUCUUUGCAGAUGUCGUAUAUGGCAUCCAUGACAUGA